GACAGACAAGCGGUGGCGGCGCGGUUGCGACGGCAGGGUUGGUGGAAGGAGAUGAAAAUUUUAACCCAGCACGGGAUUUAGUGAGACAAAAGCAAAAGCCUUAAGAGCAGAUCUUCAAGUUCCCUGCUGGAGGCCCACGCUCACCCCAGCAGGCGCGGCCCACCACUGCCGGCUGUCCACGGAGAAUGCGGAUGUCAGCUGCUUCCUGGGGGUGGCGCUCUACACAGAGGUGAGCCCAGGCCAGAAUGGGGGACUCCAGGGACCUUUGCCCUCACCUUGACUCCAUAGGGGAGGUGACCAAGGAGGACUUGGUGUUCAAAUCUAAGGGAGUCUGUCAGUCCUGUGGUGUUGCUGGACCGAACCUGUGGGCCUGUCUCCAGGUCUCCUGCCCUUACGUUGGCUGCGGAGAGUCCUUUGCUGACCACAGUACCAUUCACGCUCAGGCAAAAAAUCAUAACCUGACGGUGAACCUGACCACAUUCCGGGUGUGGUGUUACGCCUGCGAGAAGGAAGUGUUCCUGGAGCAGAGGCCGGCAGCGCAGCUGGCAGGCCCCUCACCCAGGUUCUCGGAGCAGGACUCUGCCCCGCCCUCCCAUCUUCUGAAAGCCGUCCCCAUUGCUGUGGCCGACGAAGGAGACUCCGAAUCCGAGGAUGAUGACCUGAAGCCUCGAGGCCUCACGGGCAUGAAGAACCUCGGGAACUCGUGCUACAUGAGCGCCGCCUUGCAGGCCUUGUCCAACUGCCCUCCACUGACCCAGUUCUUCUUGGAGUGCGGAGGCCUGGUGCGCACAGACAAGAAGCCAGCGCUGUGCAAAAGUUACCAGAAGCUGGUCUCUGAGGUCUGGCACAGGAGACGCCCAAGCUACGUGGUUCCCACCGGCCUGUCUCAUGGGAUCAAGUUAGUCAACCCGAUGUUCCGAGGCUAUGCACAGCAGGACACCCAGGAGUUCCUGCGCUGCUUGAUGGACCAGCUCCACGAGGAGCUCAAGGAACCGGAGGUGGCGGCUGCGACGGUGCUGGCCGAGGCACAGGACUCAGACUCGAGCGAUACGGAUGAGAAGCGGGAGGGUGACCGGAGCCCGUCGGAGGACGAGUUCCUGUCCUGCGACUCGAGCAGUGACCGGGGUGAGGGCGACGGGCAGGUUCGUGGCGGGGCCAGCUCGCAGGCCGAGGCCGAGCUGCUGAUCCCCGACGAGGCGGGCCGCGCCAUCUCCGAGAAGGAGCGCAUGAAGGACCGCAAGUUCUCCUGGGGCCAGCAGCGCACCAGCUCCGAGCAGGUGGACGAGGACGCCGACGUGGACACGGCCAUGGCCGCCCUUGACGACCAGCCCUCGGAGGCCCAGCCACCGUCGCCGGGCUCCUCCAGCCCCUUCCGGACCGCAGAGCCAGACAACGAGGCCCACAUGCGCAGCUCAUCCCGCCCCUGCAGCCCCGCGCACCACCACGAGGGCCACGCCAAGCUGGCCGGCAGCCCUCCCCGCUCGAGCCCCGUGAGGAUGGGGCCCUCGUACGUGCUCAAGAAAGCCCAGGUGUUGAGCGCCGGCAGCCGCAGGCGGAAGGAGCAGCCCUUCCGCAGCGUCAUCUCCGACAUCUUCAACGGCUCCAUCCUCAGCCUCGUGCAGUGUCUCACCUGUGACCGGGUCUCCACCACAGUGGAGACGUUCCAGGACCUGUCAUUGCCCAUUCCUGGCAAGGAGGACCUGGCCAAGCUGCACUCGGCCAUCUACCAGAACGUGCCGGCCAAGCCGGGCGCCUGUGGGGACAGCUAUGCCGCCCAGGGCUGGCUCGCCUUCAUCGUGGAGUAUAUCCGGAGGUUUGUGGUAUCCUGUACCCCCAGCUGGUUUUGGGGGCCGGUCAUCACCCUGGAAGACUGCCUUGCUGCUUUCUUUGCCGCUGAUGAGCUGAAGGGUGACAACAUGUACAGCUGUGAACGGUGUAAAAAGUUGCGGAACGGGGUGAAGUACUGUAAAGUCUUGCGGCUGCCUGAGAUCCUGUGCAUCCACCUGAAGCGCUUCCGGCACGAGGUCAUGUACUCGUUCAAAAUCAGCAGCCACGUCACCUUCCCCCUCGAGGGACUUGACCUGCGUCCGUUCCUUGCUAAGGAGUGCAAGUCCCAGAUCACAACCUACGACCUCCUCUCGGUCAUCUGCCACCAUGGCACAGCAGGCAGUGGCCACUACAUCGCCUACUGCCAGAACGUGAUCAACGGGCAGUGGUACGAAUUCGACGACCAGUAUGUCACCGAGGUCCACGAGACGGUGGUGCAGAACGCUGAGGCCUACGUGCUCUUCUACCGGAAGAGCAGCGAGGAGGCCGUGCGGGAGCGGCAGCAGGUGGUGUCCCUGGCGGCCAUGCGGGAGCCCAGCCUGCUGCGGUUCUACGUGUCCAGGGAAUGGCUCAACAAGUUCAACACGUUUGCCGAGCCUGGGCCCAUCACCAAUCACACGUUCCUCUGCGCCCACGGAGGCAUCCCGCCCCACAAGUACCACUACAUCGACGACCUGGUGGUGAUCCUGCCCCAGAACGUGUGGGAGCACCUGUACAACAGAUUCGGGGGUGGCCCUGCCGUGAACCAUCUGUACGUGUGCUCCAUCUGCCAGGUGGAGAUCGAGGCACUGGCCAAGCGCAGGCGGACCGAGAUCGACACCUUCAUUAAGCUGAACAAAGCCUUCCAGGCAGAGGAGUCCCCCGGUGUCAUCUACUGCAUCAGCAUGCAGUGGUUCCGGGAGUGGGAGGCCUUUGUCAAGGGCAAGGGCAAGGACAACGAACCCCCCGGGCCCAUCGACAACAGCAGGAUCGCACAGGUCAAAGGAAGCGGCCACAUCCAGCUGAAGCAGGGAGCUGACUAUGGGCAGAUUUCAGAGGAGACCUGGGUCUACCUGAACAACCUGUACGGCGGCGGCCCCGAGAUCGCCAUCCGACAGAGCGUGGCCCAGCUCCAGGACCCAGAGAGCCUGCACGGGGAGCAGAAGAUUGAAGCCGAGACCCGGGCCAUGUGACCUGCUGGGCCAGCCUGUAAGUCCCCUCCCUCUGCAGAGACCCUCUCCCGUCCCGUGUGUGUUGGAAGAACGCAGCCCUGAACGCACCUUCCUGGAGACUGUUCGGAAAAACCCUCUCGUGAGCCCCGCUGGGCCGAGUGACCCAAGUGUCCCCACAGGCGCCCGCCUUGGCCCUCCUCCCUGCGGAGGGCGUGUGUGUGCCCCGAAGAGAGGCCGGCGGCUGGGGAGACCCAGGCAGAAGGUUUUCUGCCCAGAGGCAGCAAGUUCUCUGGGUCCCAGUGAGUGAGGUCGCGAUCAGGAGAUACACCCGCUGCGGGCUCUCCAACACCCAGGGCUCUCCGACGUUCCUUAACUUGGGUCUUUGUGUCCACUUGGCACGGCCGUUGUGUCCCCCACCUGCCCUCUUGCUCGUCAGGCCCAGCUUGGGUCCCUGGAGCUCCAAGUCAGCGGCCGUGACCGAGGGACCGCAGGGCAGGAGGAGCUCUAGGUGCUGCGCGGCGCCCAGCGUGCCCAGCGGGAGCAGCGGGGGUGCCUCUGCCCUAGGCCCCGCCUUGGCCCGAUCCGCCGGGGUCCCAGAAAGGCUCCGGAACCCUGGGCUGCUCUCAGCGUUUCUCCUGCAGACUGACGACUCUGGACUCUGUUGCGACGGGGACCCAGGGUGGGGGUUGGUUCUGCUGCCGAGAUUGUUUCUGGAGGCAGCUGGUCCCUGGCUCCCCGUGCUGCCGAGCUGGCUCCCCAGACAGGCUGUCGCUCGUCCCCAGCAGGGAACCAGAUGAUGAGACACAAGUACCCCGCGUCACUGUCCUUUGCUGUGGAUAUGGCUUCCCUGGGGUGGGGGCGGGGGCUCCCCGUUUCUCACCACACUGUCACGGGGAGCCCGGGGAGACGUGGCGCCAGGGCAGCUCUCGCCUCGGCCGUGGAAGCCCAUUCUGGAUGCUGAAACGGGCCACGCGGGGGCGCUGGGGCGAGCGCAAGGGGCCGGGCUUGCCUCUGGGGACACCCACACCCCUGGACGAAGCAGCUGGGGCGAGAUGCCCGCCUCCUUGGGACUGGAGGGAAGGGGGUUGGGGAAGGGGCCUUGGGACCUGGGCCCCCACACACCGUGGCCUUUAGUCUCUAGAAGCAGAUGCGGCUGAAUUCCGGCAGAGCCCGGGAAGCUCACUCUGCAGUCCUACCCGGGUCCUCCCCCAUCGAGGCAGCGCGCAAUCGCCAUUGGAGAACAAGCCGCUCUGGAACCCCCUGACGUUUGCUACAGUCUUGAAAGUUCCUGCUGCAGCCAGCGGGCACCCCCCGCGGCGGGGCUGCGUGGCCAGUCAUUGCCCUGCUGGUGACAGAGACUGCGCCAGGUCGUAAACUUGUCCCCGCCGUCGGCGCGGCCUUGUUGGUGUUCAGAAUGUCCUAAUAAAUACAUAUGCAUCCCCCGCA